AUGACAAAUUCACCCGCCAAUAGGAGCCCACCAUCACAAUCUUCUUCGAGUAGUAAUGGCUCAAGUUUGAAGGAAGCCUCGGGUGGGUCAUCAUCAGCUUCAGGUAGACCACUACCAACUAGGAAAAUAAGUGUCGAUAUUAUUUCAAAAGAACUGAAGAGUUCUUCUCCACAAUCAUCACAAGAUAGUACCACAAAAGUUGUUCCCUAUCAUCCAUACAACAUGGAGAGUAAGAGCGAGUAUGCCUGCACAUUGUGUAGAUUUCAUCACAAACGAUGCGAUAAAUUGCUUCCAUCGUGUUCAUCUUGUUUAAAGAGUGGGAAACAAUGUGAAUAUAAAAAUCUCAAACCGCUAGCUGUACAAAAGAAGCAAAAAAAGAAAACUCCAUGCUAUGAACAAUGUUUUAUAAUUAAUCAUUCAGUUAAUUCAACCAAGAAAGGGUUAAAUCUGGAUGUUAGAAAUACGUUAAAGUUUUAUAAUUCAACUAUUUUUGAGAGUGUGCCAAAAAACGAAUUGCAAAAUUUGAUUGAUGCAUUGGAUGAACUAGACGAUUCUGUUUCUGCAUUUUUAUUUUCUAUUGUCGCGUGGGCUGAGCAAAGAAUAGGCUCAAAACAAUAUUCUGAUUUAUGUUUUCAGCAUGCAAGGCUGUUGGUAGCUUCUCAUUUCGAUAAUCACACAAACAUUUAUGCUGGUAUGUCCAUGCUUAAUUUUGCAUCACAUAAUCUUGCUAGAAAGAGGUACAAGGAAGCAAGUAUGUAUUUGGAUUUAGUUAAAUACUUCGUUAGUGAUUGCACUGAAAAUUCAAGCAUUGCUGUGAAAAAUACACAAAAAUGGCUAGAACUACUCAAAUUAGGAAUGCACUUCACACUUUGCUAUGAAAACAAUGGCCCACAAGGACUUGUAGAUUUUUUCCCCUUAUUAACCAAACAGUUUUUGGAUGUGAAAUCAACAUUCGAACUUCCAACUGAGCGUGAAAAACUUCCACAAACUUAUAAGGUAAUUGACUUGUGCUCAUCCUAUAUCGACACAGUAAUUCAAAACAAUUUUGAUUUCUCUGCAGAAUCCGAAUCACAUAGAAACAUAGCAUUUUUGAUUCAUCUCUUUAUAGAAAAAGGAUUUAAGCUUGCUGUGAUCCUUUUGGCAGAUCCAGAUAAUAUUGAGGAAGCCUGGAUUCUAAGUUUGGAUAUUGCCAGUCAGGCAGCAACCAAUCCCUACUUUUCUACUGUUCCUUUGUUGACACUUCCUUUUGUUGAUUUGGCUGUUUUAACAUACUCCAGACUCGUUCACGUGGUAGCACAUCAAAAGCAAGAAGUUAGUCAAGCAAUUUUGGAACUUAUCCUAUCACUUAACACCAAGUAUGAAAGAAAUAAUGGUUAUUCAAACGUUGAAGAAAUGUUGAGACAAUUUUGGGAGAAAUAA